UGAAAGGUUAUUUGAUGGUGUAUAUUUAGGUUUUACAGACUUGGGUAUUUGGUUCAUUUUAAUAUGGUAAUGUUAAAUGCUUCUCCUUUUAAAAGUCACAUGGGGACUCCUGGAAAGAGUUAACUUCUGCAUCAUUACUCUGUCUGAAAACUAGUAGUCAGGUUCACAGAUAUCCACAGCUCUGUGAGGAAAUCGUUCUAGACUUUUGUUUUACUCUGAAUGAAUGACGGACUGCUAUAGCACUUAAGAUGUCUGUCUUUCCUUUCAUGGUUUUUCUGUUCUUCUAUGAACUUGUACUGGUAUCUUCAGAACUUGUAUAUUCAGAAUUGCCCAGCAGCAUAACAGCACUGAGUGGCUCUUGUGUGCAGAUACCUUGUAAAUUUAAUGGGUCAGAGAUCAGUUUGAAGAACACAGAAACUGUAUUUGGCUUCUGGAUAAUGAAGGACCAUGCUUUUGCCAGACCACCGAGUUUGGUAGUUUUUAAUGGAAGGGCAAACAUAAUCACAGGAUUCAGUCAUAUCGAGAUACUUGGAAAUCUUAGUCAGCGUGAAUGUACCACUGUUUUCUAUGAUGUGAUGAAGAAUCAUUCGGACAAGUACUACUUCAGGGUGGAAACAAGUACGGCUCAGAAAUACACAUAUCAGAAUCCCAUCUACAUUUCUGUCUCAGAUUCACCACAACCUCUCGUCCUCAAACCCACUGAUCUGAAAGAAGUGAUGGAGGAAACAACAGUCCAUCUGAACUGCUCUGCUGAAGCCCCCUGCCCCAAACAACCUCCUACAAUAUCCUGGUCCAACAUCCCUGAAUCUGCCCACAUUACAACACAGUUACAGGAGAAACCUGAUAAAACCCAGUCAGUGUUUUCACACAUGACCUUCAAAGCUUCAUACAUGGAUCAUAGAAAGAACAUCUCCUGCACUGUUACAUAUCCAAGAAAAACAUCUAAUGACUCAACUGUGGAGACCACCGUGAUGCUACGAGUCCUGUUUCCUCCAAAAGAAACUCACAUCACCAUCGAUUCAUCUGCUUCAGUCUCUGUUGGCACUAAUGUGACUUUGACCUGCAAAAGCAAAGCCAAUCCAUCAAAUGACAUGAACUACACCUGGUACAAAAGUGGACACCAGCUGGAUUCUGGAGAACAGCUGACCUUUACUGUAAAUAGGAAGAGUGGAGGCUGGUACUUCUGCACAGCAAAGAAUGAACAUGGUAAUGAGAAGUCAGAAGAGAUCCAGCUGAUUGUGGCAGAGUCACUGUCUUUGAUCAUUGGCUGUGUUGUAGGAGUUUCAGCAUUUCUGUUGCUAUUUCUUCUGAUAACACUUUUCCUCAGAGUGCAAAGAUUAAAGGCAUCCACUAUUAAGGAAACUGACAUCUCAGAUCAGGGUCAGGAAAAACAAGUGCAGAUCAGCUCCAUUUAUACUAAUGGUGCUUUUGUGUCGGGUGAAGAGCUGGAGAUGCCAAAGGAUGAGAAUGACAUAGUCCACUAUGGAGAGAUUGAUUUCUCCACUCCACAAACCAAAAGCACCAUAGUGAAGAGCUCAGGACAAGAGACGAUAUAUGCCGAGGUCAGAGGCCAAGAGAAGGAGAUGAACCAGGAUUAGUUUACAUUAGAAUAAAUGGCUUGAGUGAACUGUG